UUGAGAACUUGCUGCAGAUCAAUGAGUUUAGAGAGUGUGUGAUGGAGGAAGGAGGAGAGAAAAGAAAGCAAAAGCUGAGGAUAGUGUUAGUUCCAUGGGUAUUCCAAGGUCACAUAAACCCAAUGUUCUUGCUAGCUUCCAUUCUCCAUGAAAAGGGUUUCUCUAUUACACUGGCCCACGCCGAAUUCACCCCUAUUGACCCUACUUCUCACCCGCACUUCUCCUUCAUACCUCUCCCCGACGGAUUCUCCGGCCCUGACGUCGGCAUCUCUUUCGGAUCAUUCCUAAACUUCCAUUCCGCUAUCAACACCAAGAUCGAGUCGCUCCUGCUCGACCGCUUGGGUCGGGAAAUCGAUGAUGAAUCCGGCGCCGAGAAGAUUGCAUGCAUCAUUUACGACACCAUCUUCUGCAACGUCGAAUCAGCCGCACAUCGUCUUGGCAUUCCAAGUGUUUCCCUGCAUACCAGCAGCGCUACCUGCUUACGGGUUCAUCUUAAUUUACCAGAUCUUCAAUCUUACAUCCCAAUUCCAGAUGGGUUUGGAGACGAAAUAGCGCCUGGGCUUGAUCCACUCAGAUUCAAAGACUUGGACAUCCUUCUCGCUCCGCAUGUGCAAGAGAUGCUACCAUUCGUCGCCAAAACAUCCAAUGUCACCACGGCCGCCGCCGUCAUUCUCAACACUGGCUCUUGUCUAGAGCAAGCCUCCCUUGAAGAAAUCAAAAAGAAAUGCGGCGGCGGUGGUGCUAUACCCGUCUUCGCCCCGGGACCUCUCUUCAAACUUGCUCCUUCUGCCUCCGCCAGUUCAUCCCUCUUGGAGGAGAACACCGACUGCCUGAAGUGGCUCGACAGACAAGCUCCCGACUCUGUUAUCUACAUCAGUAUGGGGAGUCUGGUCAGGAUAGAAACAGAUGAAUUUAAAGAGCUGGCUCACGCGCUGGCCGACUCCGAACAACCCUUCUUGUGGGUGGUUCGACCCGAUUUGUUACAGGGAGAGGCUGGAACGACUGCGGCCGUGAUUGAACGGUUACCGGAGAAAGUGAAACGAGUGAUUUUGGAAGAGGAAAGAGGGAUGGUUGUAGAAUGGGCACCGCAAAAGGAGGUGCUGGCGCACAAGGCGGUUGGAGGGUUCUUGAGUCAUUGCGGUUGGAGCUCGACUGUGGAGAGUAUGGGCGAAGGGGUGCCGAUGAUUUGCAGGCCGGGUUUUGGAGAUCAAUGGGUGAAUGCGAGGUAUGUUAGCGCCGUUUGGGGGGCGGGUCUGGAAUUGGGCGGCGGGAAUCGGAAGGCGUUGGAGAGGGGGGAGAUAGAGGCGGCGAUCAAGAAGGUGAUGAGUGGUAAAUUAGGGGAGGAGAUGAGGAAGAAGGCUGGAGAUAUGAAGUCGAAAAUUGAAUCCUCGAUUGUCAAAGGAGGAUCUUCUUACAAUGAUUUGGAUUCUUUUGUCCAAUUCAUCUUGUCACUACAGCAGCCUAAUUAGUUUUCCUAAUCCAAUCAUAUCAUGUUUUUUCUCUUAACAUAUCUUGAUGUUUGCUUAUUAUGAAUAAAUUUGUAUGCUUUUAAUUUCCAA